AUGUACCAAGUCGGACUUUCGGCUUCAAGGAGCAGUAGAAGACGAGAUCCGCCCUCGUUGAGGAUCAAGUGUCGAUUCCAGUCCGUCGACAUCCUCCCGCUCGAAGUCUACGACGAAUUCCUACAGUACAUGAGUUCCUCGUACGGCAGUCUGUGUGGGAUGCUGGAGCCGAUUAUCAACAUCCGGUCGAAGGAGGACAUCGCCACGUGUCUAGUCUCUGUCAUGCAACGUCUUGGCAAAGCCCAAGAUUUCCUCGCUGACAUUGUUAUGAUGGACAUCCUGCGUGUCGAUGACGAACACUUGACGUUCAGAGGAAACUCGUUGGCCACGAAGGCCAUGGAGGCAUACAUGAAGCUGGUUGGAGAACGGUAUUUGAGGGAAACUUUACGAGAGCCGAUCAGGGCUUUGCUGAGCGGCGAGAACGCAAAUGGCAGUCCGAAUAAUGCCGGCAUUCUCGACUGCGAAGUUGACCCGUUGAAAAUCCCGUCGCAAAAAUAUCCGGAUGAGAAAGGAUCCAGACAUUUGACCCUAGUAGCGAAGACGCUGCAAACACUGGCUAACUUUACUCAGUUCCAGAGCAAGGAGUCUUUCAUGGAAUUCUUGAAUCCGUUCCUCGACCGAGAGGCACCUACAAUGCGUACUUUCCUCAAGCAGAUCUCUAGUCCAUUGCCCAAAGAUUCCAGAGCGCCCGAGUUUGAUGGGUACAUUGAUCUGGGCAAACAAUUGUCGAUUUUGCACACUUUGUUGAGCGAGACGAGUCCGAAACUUGCAACGAAGGUCGCCCAGUUCCGAGAACUCAUCAACAGGCGCACUACUACGGGCAUCACGGGUACAAGCAACAACCCGGGUUCCCCGUGGGCUUGGGUUAUGGUCGGAAUCGUCAGUCCGGGUCUGUCGACGCCAACGGGAACGGACACCACGACGACUACGCGGAACGAAUGCGUUUCAUUGAUGAGUAGACUGCUGACGGUUGAGGACGAGUUGAGGAGGGAGCAAAGCACGAUGGCCAGUAUGAUCAACGUGAAGCAACAAGUAAUCCACGCGCAGGAAGAGAAGAUCCAGGCGCUGGAUGCCGCCAACUCGCGGCUGCUCGGGGCGCUGUCCCAGCUCAAAGACCGCUACUCCAACUCCCUUCUCCACACAAAGAAUGGGUACAAUGGGCACGCGCGAAACAAUGGCAACCCUUCGUCAACCAACAACGGCAACGGGUCGUCGCAAUCGUCGACGGCGUCCCAGCCGCCAUCGACGGAGGCACAGCCUACUUCCAGUCCACACCCGAACAAAUUUCCUGGGAAAUUAACCGUGGACUUCGACGUCCUCAACAGCCCCGAGCUGAAGAGCAGUUUGUGUUGA